AUGGAACAAGUAGUAAUUACUAUGCUCAAGGGAUAUUUCAGCACACUGAAAUAUUUUGAUUCUCUGAUUAUCAACGGUUACAGGAGCGGCAGUGUGAUUGUAUAUUUUACGGUGCAGUUACUCGGUUCAGUCACAUCUCCACAGCUUGUGACGGCAAUAAAGCCACUGAAUAAUUCUGAGCUGACAACAACAGGUCUCGUCACUAUUCACGUACCUCAGGUGCAACCGAUUGAUAUAGGCUCCUCUGCAAAUAUAAAUUGUACUCCAUCAGAUAAACUCGGAGCGGUACAGUGGUACUUAACAAAUGUCCAGAAUAAAACAACAGAGAUCACAAUAGGAAAUGAGGCCAACCUUACAAAGGAUUCUUUGACAGACAUUCUUAAACUAAAGGACAUUUCAGGAAGCUGGAAAGGAACAUUUACAUGCGUGUACACAAGUGGGUCCAUAAAACACACAGCAAGUAAAAAGUUGGACAUAGCACUUCUGCCGGAAAUUCAGGCCAUGAGCAACCCCCAAUUUCCUGACUGUAAUAAAGCUGAAACAAAAACGGUUAAAACUGUAAUUGAGUGUAUCAUUACUGACAACAAAGAAAAUUACACUGUUACCUGGAAUAUUAAUACUACUGGUUCCCUUGACGUAAAAAAGAACGGUAUAUCUUACAAAGCAGAGAUGAUCAUAGAAUGUAAAAACAAGGAUGAGACAGUUAAUGUUAACUGUACAUUCACAAACAGCAGAUCUACAAUUAACAAAACCCGAACGAAGAAUGUUGAGAUCCCCAUCAUUCUACCCACGUCAACAUUCUGUGAAGCAAAGGAAGGCUGGCCCAACACAAAAAGCAAUCACAUAGCCAGCAAGUCUUGUAUAGACGCUGUUGGUUUGGAAACAAGAGCAUGCAAUGGCAACGCAUGGGGAAAUGAAAUCCCUUCUUGUGUGAAUAAGGACCUGGAUUACAUUCAAAAUCAUGUACAGAUAUUAAAUAAAGGUAUUGGCUUUAUGAGGGACAAUGCAAAAGCACUUUUUGAAGGCAUACAGAAAUCGAGCACAAGCGAGACAUUCAGCUCAUUUGCAAAUAUUAACGCAUCUUAAAUAUUCUCGAAGGUAAAUAUUCUCGAAGACAUGAAUAAUAUAUCUAAACGCCAGUCAAAUCAAUGGAAUGAUACUGUCCUACCUAACAUCGUCGGCUCUGCAAGCAAUGUUUUAAACAAAACAGAUGCCUGGACAAACCCUGAAAACGACGACACAAAUUUAUCUGUAACAUAUCUACAGACUAUUGAGGGAAUGGUGAGAAACAUGAAUAUGUCCUCGACUGCUCCUUACAGGGCUAAAAAUUUUGAACUGCAGCUCUGUAAGGGCCUUUGCAACUCCUUCAAUGCCAGCGUCGAAACAGGCAAUGAGGUUAUUGUCGUAGGAUUCCGGAACCUUUAUCAAAUUUUCCCAACACAGUUUCAAGAAAACGCCACCUCAGAGACCACCAUCUUGUCAGUUACCGCUGUAAAUAAUACCAAUGUGACUAAAGUUGUUCUGAAAUUCAAUUCUUCUAAAAAUAGACUCCCAAAUCAUGAUAUGUAUUGUGUUUUCUGGGAUGAAAAUAGGAGUGUGUGGUCUACACAAGGGUGUGGUUGGGGUGGUGUGAACAAUCCACAUGAAUGCACAUGUAACCACAGCUCUGCGUUCACCAUAAUGAUGGCAAAAGAUGAAAUUACCCUUCCCUACAUGGAGGAACUGACCUACGCUGGUGUAGGAAUAUCAAUCGUUUCACUUGUUCUGUGUUUAAUCAUUGAGAUUCUGAUAUGGGAUACAGUUGUAAAGUCAGACAUCGCCAAUUUUCGGCAUGUAGCCAUAUUCAACAUCUGUUUAUGCUUGCUGCUUGCACACACUGGAUUUUUAGCAUCAGCUAAACCUAAGAUGAUCUCCGGAAACUGGUGCUCCAUCCUCACAGUAGUCAAACACUUUUUUUUCCUAGCCGUCUUCUUCUGGAUGCUGUGCUUGAGUUUUGUGAUUCUUCACCAAAUAAUAUUUGUCUUUGACCAUCUGCGGAAAAAGGUUUUUUGGGGAUUGUCUAUCACUCUUGGUUACGUAUGCCCAAUAUUAUGUGUGGCAAUAACAUACAUUACAUUCGGAAAUGGUGAAGCUGAACAAUACUAUUCCACAAAGACUUGCUGGCUCGUUUAUAAGGGUACGCUGAAGGGCUCCAUCUAUGCUUUUAUUCUUCCUGUCGGAACUAUUGUGUUUAUAAACUUGUUCACCUUGGUUGUGGUGAUCAUGAAGAUAGUAACCCCUACUGUGUCAGAGGCAAAGGCGCGGGACGAAAAGGAUGUUGCCAAGAGUAUGAUUAAGACAAUAGUCUUCCUAAGCCCUGUCCUCGGGAUAACUUGGAUCUUUGGAUUUUUUGUAAUGACUCUUGACCUUACACAAAGACCUUGGGCCCAAAUGGUGAACUACACAUUUACAGUACUCAAUUCACUACAGGGCUUUUUCAUACUGCUGACAAACUGCGUUGGAGAGAAAAAGGUUCGUGAUGCACUUCGGAAGCGUUUCAGAGGUUCCAAGCAAGCAGCACAUUCUAAAAGUGAAAGCUCAACCAAAGAGACAUAUACGGUUAAAAAUAAAUAAAGAUUGGACAGAUUCAAGCAUGUGAAUUUAGUCGGUGCAUUCUAGAAGUACCGGAAGAGAAAACAUGGAAUACGCGGAAACUUUUCAUGGAUUAAAUUGUCUCACAUUCUAUGCAGAUUAAAAUAUCUAUAAAAAAAGAAAGUUAAUUGUUUUCUAAAACACUGUGAUGAUUUAUGAUAUUGUACUUCAGAGGAUAAUGUAUAUCGAUGUAGUCAUGUAAGUUUACUGUAUUAUGAAUGUAUUUAGAUUUCUGUCGGUGAACGAAUCAUUUUUCUUUCUAAAAUGGCAUUUUUAAUUUGAUGUAUAUAUUCAUGUAAGUAUUUAUGCUUUUAUGUCUAUAUCACCUACUUGGUAUAAAUAUAAAACUGGUGACAGUCGUAGAUGAAUAUACAUUUUGGCAUGCAUUCUACUGUCCUCCAACAAUGCUUUCUCUUAUUAUUUUUACAUUUCAUUUAGAUGCACAGCAAAGAAAGCACAUUAGUUUGUAUUUUUGCUCUCAUGGCAUAAUAAAACUUACUUUUUAAUUGUU